AUGACAGAGGUACCCCCAAUAAUAUCGUUUAUAAACGAGCAGCAGCGGCAGCAGGCAAAUGCCGGGCGUCGGAAAGGAGUGAAACAGUUCCAUAGGAAAUCCCGGGUCGGUUGCCAAAGAUGCCGAACGAAGAGAGUCAAGUGUGAUGAAACUAAGCCAGUAUGCCGCAAUUGCGAACGUGUCGAGGAACCCUGCAUCUAUGAUCGGCUUCCUAAAGAGGAAUCGAUGGAGGUCGAGCCAGCAGAGACGAGAGACCGUCGGAUUCUAGAGCUCAGGUUGAUGCAUCUUUAUAUUACCGAAACUGGCCCGACAAUUGCUUUCGACCCUGAGAGCUCUUAUGAAGUCUUUGUCGAUGCACUUCCACGCAUGGCCUUCCAGUCAGAUGGACUUCUCUACAGCAUUUACGCAGUAACCAGCCUCCAGCAGGCAAAGAAAGUACCAGCAGAUGCCUCGGAAUCCACUAUGCUCGAGCAUCACCAGCGUUACCUGCAACUUGCAUUCAAGCACCACCAUAUGGAGCUCAUUUCCUUCUCAAAGGAGAAAGCCGAUGUGAUCAUGUUAACUACUCACCUUAUGCGCCUCGUAGCAUUUGUAAUGCUCUCCGAACGCAUUUUGGAACCUUACGCACCUCCCAUUGAGUGGCUUCGCAUAACCAGCAGCAACGCAAAGUUCUUUCAGACCGCAAUGGAAGCCGUAGGGGACGAUCCGUCCUCUUGCACAGCCAAAUUACUUAGAUCAACUCCUCUAGCAUUGGACGAGGAUAACGCCCAGUAUGAGGUACCUGAUCCUCGACCAAGCUUUGAGCAUAUCCUGACCGCUCGAAGCAAGGAUCCAGAUGACAAAGAUGACCCAGUUUUCUGGGAUGAUGGCGUCCGGGCUGCAUAUGAGGGAGCAAUGGGCUAUCUCGGCAGUAUAUUUCGGAUACUACAUAACUACGAUGGCCCACCCGGCCCUAUCAGACGGCGAAUCGUUGUUUUCCCCUUUAUCGUGGAUCCUCGCUUCAUCGACCUUGUGGCAGAAGGACGCCCGCGAGCACUUGUUAUCCUCGCUCACUUUUUUGCGCUCAUUGUGUUUUUGGAUACCUAUUGGUUUGUUGGAAACACUGGUGCUCGUGAAGUCCGGGCGAUAGCUGCGCAUAUCCCACCUUUCUGGCAGGGGCUAAUGGGAUUCCCGCUUUAUAUCGCCGAGAACGGGUUCGCUUGCAAACGGUGA